UAUGUCAAAUGAAUAAGGAAAACCGAGAAGCUGUCAAGCAUCACCAAAAGACUGGAUCUAUGUCUUAUGUUGCCUAUUUCAGCAAACUUAAAAAAGACAAGUACAAUAAUCAGGAACCAAGUCCCAUUGAGUUUUUCAAAGACACCCAUACAAACAGCAAGACUGGUAGCAUGAGCGAGCCGACACUUCUAGCUCAUAAUGCGAUGGAAAAGAAAAGGAAAACACAAUCAGAAGGUGAGCAGCCAGUAUCUGAUACAGCGAUUGUGGCUGAAGUUCUAAAGGACGAAAGCGCCCAUAGCACCUUCUUUUCCAGCAUGGGGUAUGCAUCAAGAUCUGGGAGGUCUGGGAGCUCUACUUCAUCAGCCCAGAUCCGAAUUUUAGAAGAAAGAAUUGAACAGAAGGAUAGAGAGGCAAGAGAUGCAAAUGACAGGCAUCGGGAGGAGUUAGCCGCAAGACUUGAAGCACAAGAGAGAGCAUUUGAAGAGAUACAAAAGAAGCAGCAAGAUGAAUUGGAAGCUCUAAAGAAGAGCCAGGAAGAGAAGAAUGAAGCCUGGGCAAAGAAGCAAAAGGAGACAGAUAAUCUGCUUGAUUUUCUCUUGAGGGCUCAAGCAACUCAGCAGUCCCAGUCCAAACCAGAUGGUUCAUGAAUGCCAUCCUUACAUUGGAAUCAUCGGGAGAACAUAUGUGGUCUUUAGUUAAUAUUAGUUUUCAUCUUGUCUACUGUCUGUGUCAAACUUGAGUCAAUUUUUUACUGUCAUUUUUGUUUACAGAAUGAUUUGGCUGAGACAAUUUCAUAUAUAAUAUGAUUUGACUUUCAUAUUAAUUUAAGAUGUGUUUUUUCUCUUUAAAUUUUAUAUAUAAUCUGAUGUGAUGUGAUGUGAAUUAAAUACUUAUUUUCAUCGUAAUUUAGAUUCAAAAGAAAGUACAUAUAUUUUGAUGACGUCAUCUUCAUCCAUAAUAAAAUUAGUGGCACUAGUAGUGGGAUAGCCGCUCGGGUGUUAAUGUGGCAUAAAGUUAGUGACGUUGCCUCA